AUGAUUCAGCUUUCAUCUGGAAAGCGUCUUAUGAUGAUAAAUGGUUAUACAUUCCAUUGUACUGGACUCAAGAGAAAAUUAGGAGUGCGUUGGCAAUGCUCUGGUAAAAAUAGGGGAUGCAACGCCAAUUAUUACGUAAACGAAGAGAACGAUGCACAACUCAUUCAACUGACCAGCGGUGCGACACUUCUUGUCAUUGACAGAUAUUCCUAUCAUAAAAUCUCUUCAUCGAAAUACGGAGGUGGCUACCGGUGGCGAUGUUCUUCGAAACAGAAGGAAAAGUGUAAGGCUUUUGCUGUAGUUUCAAAAGAAGACGACGCUAUCCUCAGGGUAUGUGGACAUCAUAACCACAGUCCACCCAUGUACAAUCAGACACCAUCAGACACUCAUUUUAUUAACUUGCCUAAUGGGAAGGUUCUUCUUAUGGUGGAUGGAUAUACUUUCCAUAAGGGGGGUGGGCAUAUACGAUGUUUUGGAGGGGUUAAGUGGCGUUGUUCUGCCUCCAAGAAGAGAUGCAAUGCCUACGUAGCAAUAUCUGAUAAUGACGAAGUAGUGAUAAGAUACAGCCUCAAUCACAACGCACACAUGAUUACUACCGCUCACGGUAAGAACUGGCUGGUUUACGACGGGUAUACAUUCUACUUUCGGUACAGGAUGAGAGUUGGACAGAAGUGGGUAUGCACCAACUUCCCUCGCUGCAAAGCCUUCCUAUGCGUCAACGACCAUUAUGACGUCAUCGAUUGCGUCAUAGACCACUCUCAUUUCAAACGCAUAUUACAACUAUGCCCGGACGUACAAAUGAUAACAACUGUUCACGGUAAACAGUACAUGAAGUACCGUGAUCAUUACUACACACGGACGCCUAAUUUAGAGAACCGUUGGCGUUGCAUAAAUACUCAUCACUGUUACGUGAGUUUAUACGUGGAUCAAUACUUCAACAUAAUCCGUCAGCCAAGAGAACAUGAUCACCAACCGAAGCUGUUCUAUAGAACCCUCAAUGGAACUUACAAGUUAGCCAAGAAACGAAGACCCCGCCAACUAAAUGCCAUUCCAUUACUUACGCCAAUCACAUUCUGCCAAGUUAAAUAUUAA